CCUCCAUUAUUAUUUCGAAAACGUAUUUACAUUCUCGCUUUUAUUCUGAUCUCUAACGAUGCUUCUUUUCACACUUAUGCUAAUCUCAAGCUCACCCCAGGGCUGACCAUUUUCCCUUUCUCCCCGCACUUUCCCAACAUUUCCAAAAAGCCUGAAAGAAUUUCUGAAAAAGGAAAACCACCGCUUCAAUACAGUGUAAAAAAAAAACCCUAAAUUUUCCACAAUUUUUUAAACAUUUUAUUCAAUUUUUUCAGGCAACAAAAAUAUUCUUAACGUUUAAAAUAGUGGAAAAAACAUUUUAGCGAGGAAAAAUAUGUUGACGAAGUUGAAGGCCUCCUAAACGGAUUAAAAAGACGAAGGGGACUCCGUAUUUACGCCUCCAGGCCUGACGUAUUGAUCGAUGAUCCAACAAUGCAGAGACGUAUCAUCCAAAUACCUAUUAUUUGAGAACCUCUGUGUGAACACCUGAAUACUUAAUAAACGGAUAAAAUUAACAUUAAUAACGAAAGUGUCCGUCUUCGAUCUACAUCUUAUCCGUAGGUACUGAAACGCAUGUCCCUAAUAGUCACAUUCUGCGUCUUGAACGAGCCGUUUCGUGUUUAACAGUUUCGAAAAUCCAGAGCAGCAAAAAAGUGAAAAACAGUUUUAAUCAGCAAAUUUUCAUAAUCAAAAAUUGAUUUUACCUCAUUUUUUAUUCGAAUAAUGGAAAAAACCGCGAGUAUCAAAAGUGAAUUUUCGAACAAGUCGGACAAUGAGAGCAACGAGGAGGAAUUUUCCCACCGGUAUCCAGUGCUUCUGGAUCUGGAUGAGGUGGCAAAGAAGCAACAGUUGGCGAAGGAGGAGAUGAAGGCUGUUGAGGUGAAAAAUGAGGGAUUCAAGUCGUCCCCGGAGGAACCAGCUGUUUCGCGAAGACAGAGCUUGAGGAAACGAUGGCAGGAGCGAACACCUGACGGUGUUCUGGUGAUACGGGUACCUGAGCCGGAGGUCGUGGGACCUCAUCCCCAUCUGGAGAUACUCCAGGCGAAUAUCAGGGCCGUGCAAAGGGAACCCUCGCAGACUGAGAGAGAUUACAAAAAAUCGGCAUGCGAUCGUGAACGCACGCGAAUGCGCGACAUGAAUCGUGCGUUUGAACUAUUGAGAUCCAAGUUGCCAAUCUGCAAGCCUCCGGGAAAAAAACUAUCGAAGAUUGAGUCAUUGAGGCAUGCAAUCACCUACAUCAGGCAUCUUCAGAGUCUUCUGGAGCCUCAGUACCCGUACGUCCCCAGUAUUCCGGAGAGGCCGAGUUAUUAUGGGGCGAAUUCACCGGUUGGAUCUUACGAGGUGCAGCAUCCGGGGAGGUGGGAGUCUCUGGCUUACUACAGAUACGAUUAUCACGCGCCUUUCAUGCCGCCCCUUGCUCCACCCGGACUACCGCCGGUCACUAGAUCACUCGAUGAUGAGGGACAAGACUUCCGUUACAAUCUACAUUCUUGAUGACUGAUAUUUUUAAACGAAGAAUAAUCGUUAUGAAGUGCAAUUGGGAGUUGGAAAAUUGUUCUACACGGAGAGGAAAGUUGGAUAAAAAUUACCUAGAAAAUGGUGGCAAAUUUUACUGUACACUGAGAGAAAUAUCGUCAUAAUAUCACAAAACUAAUUUCUAGCGCCAAAUUUCUCAUCUCUUGAGGAUAAAUUUCUUGGGAUAAAAAUUCGGGAUAAUGUUUCAGACGAUGUUAGAUUUCGAUGAAAUGUUCAUGACUUGAACAUGAACAUUUCAUGAUAAAAUGAGAAUUUAUUGCCACAAGAAAUCGGUUUUUUCGUGUCAGAAUAUGAAAAAAUGGCUAAAAACAUCAAAAGCUUCGAUUUAGUAAAUCAUGAAUCAGAGACUUUCAUAUUGAAUGAAUAGAGAGUUUAUGCAGAGGAAAACCUCCAG